AUGAGAAAAAUUGAUCAGCUGCUCAUGACUUUAAUGAAAUUGAAACAAAAUUUUCUACAUCAAGAUUUACCAGUAAGGUUUAAUGUUUCACAAGGCACAGUCUCAAAUGUUGUAACAACAUGGGUGCAUGCCUUGCAUGAAAUUUUAUUCAAACAAUUCAUGUCUGAAAUACCAGAUAGAAGUAAAAAUCAGUUGUGCUUACCAAACUGUUUUAGUAGUUUCACAAAUUGUAGAAUUAUAAUAGAUUGUACGGAAGUUUAUACUUGUAUAAAUCGCCAAAGUAUGUCUUCCCAGAAGUUGACGUACAGCUCAUAUAAGCAUAGAAAUACAUGCAAAGGAUUAGUAGGUGUUGCACCAAAUGGUGUAGCUACAUUUUUAUCAUGUUUAUAUCCAGGUUCAACAUCAGACAAAAAAAUUGUCAAAGAUUGUGGAAUCUUAAAUCAACUUAAACCUGGAGACUUGGUAUUGGCUGAUAAAGGAUUCCUAAUUAAAGAUUUAAUGCCUCCCGGAGUUCAUAUUAACAUUCCCCCAUUUCUUACAACUCCUCAAUUCACUACAGAACAAGUUCAUCAAACUGAAUGCAUUGCUCGAGCAAGGAUUCAUGUGGAGCGUGCUACAAGGAGAAUGAAGGUGUUCAAUAUAUUAAAUUUAAUUCCACAUUCUUUGUUACCACAUGCUGAUGCUGUGUUUCAGGUAGUAGGGGCUUUAACAAACUUGCAGUAUCCUUUAAUUAAAGAAGUUGGACAACUUUAUUAUGAAGGGAUUCAAAAGAUUGAUCAUAUCGUUAGAUUUUGUAUAAAUAGUUUUUAA